UCCACUAACUCACUAGUAACAAGAUAUUUGUAAUAAAUGAAGUGAGUGCAAAGUUUUUCUUUUUUGAAAAGGGGAGUACGAGUAUUUAUUAAUGAACUAACAAAUCUAUUUCAAUGAACGAGUCAAGUAUAUAAGAGUGAUCAAAAUUCAAAAUCCUCCGUUCCUCAAGCGGUGGCAUCUCUCUGGCUCUCUCAUUCGAUCGUCGCAUACGCACGAGUCAACUCGGCCUCGAACUCGGUGAAGUUAUUGGCAAAUCAUAAAAAUGGCGAAGCCCCAUGUCACCAUCACUCUCGGCAGCUCCGGUCAGAAAGUGGUGAAGGAUUCGUGGCGCGUCUCCGAUGGAAAUCGUGCGGCUGCGGCGGUGCCGAUCGGGAGCAAAAGAUCGCUGGAAGAGUCUCUUGGAAGCAGAGCUAAUCACGCAUUCAGUGGUAGCAAACGGAUGAGAGAUGGUGAGAGUGGAAGGAGCUAUGGAUACAGCAGCCACAUUGAUGAUGAUGAAUUGGGUCCAAAAGAUCUCCGCUUGAAACUGACACGAAAGAGAAUGUCGAGGGAGAUAGAGCUCAAGAAUGAGGGGUAUAAAGGGACAGAGCUGCGUGAGAAGGUCUCAAGAGCAAGUCAUUCUGAUGAUAGACUCCUAAAAGCCGUGCCAUAUUCAAUGCGGGCUGCUGAGACUCCAAUUAUGGAUUCAUUGAGGAGUUCUUAUGCAUCUUGGGCUUCAACUGGAGGGAGAGCAAGAUCACCUCAAAGAAUCCCGAGACCAUCUGGGGCAAUCGCUAACCCGAGUAGCGCUAUGGAUAGAAUGCUGCAGGUGCCAUCAGCUAGACCAUUUGACACUUCCCAAAGGGAGCAUGUCUCAACAAGCAAUCCUUUGGUUUCUUCUAGGCCAAACGUGCCUAUGGUUACUGGUCCACGACGAGCUCUGGAUUCUGGCAAGUUGCCUACGGAGCUUCUGACAGCAGCUGGUAGCAUUUCGAGAGCUCCUUACCAAUCCUCGUAUGUUCCUAAGGACAGCCAGCCUCCGACUGUCAGCGAUUUUCUGCACUCCCUUGGUCUGUGGAAGUACUACAUCAAUUUUCAAGCUGAAGAGGUAGAUAUGGCUGCUCUGAAGCAAAUGGGGGAAAUUGACCUGAAAGAAUUAGGAAUACCAAUGGGACCAAGGAAAAAGAUACUCCAUGCUCUACACCCUCGCCCUCGCCCUGCAUCUCUAGCACACAUCAACUACUUGCAAUAGCCACACGUGCCAAAACUAUGCCGUCGUGGAACUUGCAACUGUUCCUAACUAACCCUGACAUGCAUUGCAUCCCGUGUUACCAAACUGUAACUAUAUACAUCUUGCAUAUAAAAUUGGUAUAAUGUAUUAGCUGAUCCUAAUUUCUGUCUA